AUGAUAGGGGUCAUAAAAAACCUGUACGACAGAGCAACUUUGUCAGUGAAAACCUCUGAUGGCUGCUCAGAUACAGUGGGUAUCACUGAAGGGGUUCUUCAAGGAGAGAAGUUGAGCCCUUUGUUCUUUAACCUGUACCGUGCUGAUAUUGUCUCCUUCUUUGGGUCGAGGAGAACUUCUGGAGUGAAUAUUGACGGCAGGAAGGAUCUCAAUCUCCUACUCUACACAGAUGAUCUGAUUGUGCUAGCCAAUGGUCUCGCGGACCUGAGGCGCAACUUAGGAAUCCUAGAAGACUACUACCGGUUGUCUGGUCUUACCAUCACCGUGAGCAAGACGAAAGUAGUGGUCUUCAGGAGGGGAGGACCUCUCCCUUCGAGAGACCACGAUUUUAAACUGAAUGGAUGUCCGGUUGGCAUAGUACCUAACUAUGACUACUGUGCUGCCUCAGUAGCGGCCCUGAAGAUCAUUGCCAAAAUUAACUCUGAUUCAUGGUCAGGGAUGAAAGCUCUGUACUCUAGUAUAGUGCGAUCAACUUUUAUACACCUCUGCGAUAUGGGCAUUGAGAGACUUGGAGAAGCUGGAGAUGGCACAACUGAGCUUCGUCAAACGGCUCUUUCAUCUUCCGAAAAACUGUGCGGGAUAUUUAGUGAGGCUGGAGACUGA